AUGAGGCCGCCGGAAUUGGCGCUGGCCGCGGCCUUCGUGGCGGCGGCGGUGGCGCUCCUCGCUGGGGCGGCGGCCGCGGCGCCGUUCCCGGCGGCGCUGACUCUCGAGCGCGCGCUGCCGCACAAGGGGGUGCCCGCGGAGCACCUGAGGGAGCGGGACUGGGCGCGGCACGCCGGGAGGGGACUCCUCGGCGCGGCGCCCGCCGUCGCCGGCGUCGUCGACUUCCCCGUGGAAGGCUCCGCCAACCCGUACAUGGUCGGACUCUAUUUUACACGGGUGAAACUGGGAAACCCUGCGAAGGAAUACUUUGUCCAAAUUGACACAGGGAGUGACAUCUUAUGGGUUUCUUGCAGCCCUUGCACGGGCUGCCCGACAUCAAGUGGGCUCAAUAUCCAGUUGGAGUUCUUCAACCCUGAUUCGUCAUCAACAUCAGCCAGAAUACCAUGCUCGGAUGAUAGAUGUACAGCUGCCCUCCAAACAGGGGAAGCAGUUUGCCAAACCUCAGACUCCCCAAGCAGCCCAUGCGGUUACACUUUCACCUACGGCGAUGGAAGUGGCACAUCAGGGUAUUAUGUUUCUGACACUAUGUACUUCGACACUGUCAUGGGAAAUGAGCAGACUGCCAAUUCUUCAGCCUCUGUUGUUUUCGGAUGUAGUAACAAACAGUCAGGUGACCUGAUGAAGUCAGACAGGGCAGUUGAUGGCAUUUUUGGGUUUGGACAGCAUCAGCUGUCUGUCAUUUCACAAUUGUACUCUCUUGGAGUAUCCCCAAAGACAUUCUCUCACUGCCUGAAAGGUUCAGAUAAUGGUGGCGGCAUUCUUGUUCUUGGUGAAAUUGUCGAGCCAGGAUUAGUAUUUACUCCACUUGUUCCACAACAGCCUCAUUACAACUUGAAUCUGGAGAGCAUUGCUGUGAGUGGUCAAAAGCUACCUAUCGAUUCUUCUUUGUUUGCAACCUCAAAUACACAAGGAACAAUUGUAGAUUCAGGCACAACACUAGUCUACCUUGUUGACGGAGCCUAUGAUCCGUUUGUUAAUGCGAUAGCUGCUGCAGUCUCUCCAUCUGUACAGUCUGUUGUCAACAAGGGGAGCCAAUGUUUUGUCACAACCAGCAGUGUCGAUUCGUCAUUUCCAACAGCAACACUUAUUUUUGAGGGUGGUGUUGCAAUGAAUGUGAAGCCAGAGAACUAUCUAUUGCAGCAGGGUUCAAGUGGCGACAAUGUACUGUGGUGCAUUGGCUGGCAAAGAAGCCAGGGAAUCACUAUACUUGGAGAUCUUGUUUUAAAGGAUAAGAUAUUCGUUUAUGACUUGGCCAACAUGCGGAUGGGCUGGACGGACUACGAUUGUUCGUUGUCGGUCAAUGUCACCUCCUCGUCGGGGAAGAACCAGUACGUGAACACAGGGCAGUUUGAUGUGAACGGGUCGCCACGGCCAUCGUUGUACCGCAUCAUUGGCCUGGUGCCUACCGGGAUCGCCGUCGCCCUUGUGCAUAUGCUCAUUUUUGGCGUCCUGGGUAGUAGAUAGCACACGCAUACGGGGGUGACUGACAUGACAUUGUGAUUCUAUAUUUCCUCCAUUCUUUUACUAGCAAGCGGGGCCGACGUCGUCGUCGCUGCGCCCCCUUCCCAUGGCAUGAGCAUUCUUGCUGUACAUAUAAAAAUAUACAGGGAAAAAAAGAGAAGGAGAAAAGGUUAAUUGUUUACGGAGCAUGCCCUCCCGUC